UGAGGGUCGCGGCGAAGCGUCCGUGCCCAUUUAGACUCGAUCUCCACUGGGCCAAGGGGUUAUAGGGGCUGGAUGCACGACACUUCACCCAUACAGUACCAGGAACUGCGUUGUACAUUGCAGGUAUGCAGAACCUGAAUCUGGGAGCUGAGAGCCUUAGGGUCAAUUGCUAGUAUGCUGGGAGGCUUCCGGUAUACUGGCACCGUGACUGGUAGGAACACUUGCGGCGGCGGUAACAAAUCCUGGGCACUGUGUGCUGCGAGUAGGGUGCAUACCUAGUACUACAAUGUUGUACUGACCAACAGCACCACGCAGGCGUCAUUCUACAACGUACAACUGGGGUGCCCGUCAGCUACCUGCUGUGCCUGCCCACGGGCACCUUAGGUGCUUCCUCAGGUAACCGCGUUAGGCUUAGACACCUACAGGUAUAGCCUUUACCUAUCUCCCACUGCAUUGCUCCACCGCUACUGCAGUGCCAUGCCACCAAGCCAUCACUUCAUCCUGGUCGACCUCCCAGCACCAACACUGCGACCCAAUCCCAUGAACUGCUAUCUUCGCUUCAUCUCCGUCUGAACCAUUGUGCCCCACAAGCGUCUCACCGUCAAAAGUAUCGCAUCGAAAAGAUCACCAUGUAUAAUAUAAGCGUGGCGAAGCCUGGACGUCUCCAGUCGAUACUCAUGAUCCCUCCUUCAAAAGGAGUUCCAGCCACAAACCCUUCUCCGAUGAACGUAUUCCUAUUGCCUCAAAUUGCGACGUACAUGGCUGUCCGAUUACUGUUCACCACAGGAUGGAUGGCGUUUCCGUCGCCAGUGGCGUCGCCGGUCUUCUCACCCUGGCCCUACAAGUGAGUGAGACCAUAGUGGUAUAUGUUAAUUCCGUAAAAGAACGGUCCAAGAACAUCCAAGAGCUGCAUAAUGAACUUCUGCUUCUCGGAGAAGUCCUCGGCGGCCUACGAGACUUCCUACAGAGCGAAAGUGCCAGAAAGAGUAUCUUCGCGACCAACUCGGUGUUGCACAGAGCCCUUCAGGACUGUCGAAGCAGGAUAGAACGUAUCGGAGAUAAGUUGAAGGUCUCCAAUGGUGGAAAGGUCAGCCGCACCCUGGAGAAGCUCAUGUGGCCUUUCGAGCAGAAAGAGGUCAUGCAGAUGGUUGAGAACCUCAGACGCUACACUCAGACAUUCCAGUUUGCACUUACUAUCGAAGGCUGCAAGCUACUGGCCACAUCUUCCGAUGCCGCCACCGAAGGCUUGCAGAAAAUGCUUGACGAGUCACGGAGGAUCAGAGAAAUGUCGGCUCAAAUUGGUCUCUCCACAGAAGAAGUGUCAAAGCGUGCCGCACAACUUGAGCAGAUCAUCGCGCUCCUGCCCAUGCUAGCCCAAACUGCCGUGGAUGUGACUGGAAUUGCUCAGACCGCUCGCCUGGCAGAACUCCGAGAUCAGGAAAGGAGAACCAGCGAUAUCUUGGACUGGUUGGCGCCCGUCAACUCACUUCACAAGCAUCAAGAGCUGCAGAGCAGACGGGCCAAAGGGACGGGGAGAUGGUUCCUGGAGCAUCCCGACUUCCUACAUUGGAGUGAAGAUACCACGGCCGUUCGGGAUCUCCUCUGCAUCGGUGGACCUGGCGCUGGCAAAUCGGUGCUUUGCUCACUUAUAAUUGACCACCUGCGAGCGAAGUUCAAGGAUGGCGAGUUUGCUGUGGCCUACUAUUACUACGACUACUCUGAGCAGCAAUCUCAAAGUCCUGCACAGCUCGCCAGAGUCCUUCUCCGCCAGUUGUGCUCCAAAGGCAACAGCGUCCAUUCGGCCGUGGCCGAGUUUUAUCAGCGGACAAGGAACGAUGUCAAAGAUCAAACUUGGUUCCAUGACUUGCUGACGGUCCUGCGUAGCGUUGUGGCAACAUACAAAUGCUGCUUCAUUGUUGUCGACGCUCUUGAUGAAGCUGAUGUGCAAACUCAACGUACUGGGUUCUUCGAGGUGAUUGAUGCGGUGAGAAAUCUGCCUGGCGGCACAGUCAAAGUGCUGGCCACCCUAAGACCUCAUGUACCCGGUAUCGAAGGCAAAUUUCACAAUUCUAUAACGAUCGAUAUCAUAGCAGACCAUGCCGAUCUUCGCCGUUUCCUGGACGAAGCCGUCAAGAAUCAUCCGGACUAUGAACACACCGUUGAUGACGACCUUCGAGAACAGAUCCUCGACACAUUAGCCGACAAUGCAAAUGGCCUAUUCUUGCUGCCUGCUCUUCAGAUUCGAACUAUUCUUGAUCAGAUCACAAAGGCUGAUGUGAGAAGAACACUGCGGCAUCUUUCAACCAGUCUGACGGAAGCAUUCCAGUCAACAAUAAACAGAAUAUCCAGUCUUUCCCUUACAAGGCGUGACUUGGCUUUUCGAACAUUGAUGUGGCUAUCUCACGCCAAGAGGCCGUUGACCGUGGCGGAAUUACAACACGCUUUGGCUUUGCGGCUGGAGGACAGGGAUGUUGACAGGGACAAUUUCCCUUCCUUGAAGACCCUCGUUGACUGCUGUUGCGGGCUUGUCGAAGUCGACCGUCAGGGCUCUGCCAUUCGUCUGGUGCACUACUCUUUAGAGGAAUACCUGCGUGGACAUGAUCACGGUCUGUUCGCAAAUGCCGACCUUCAGAUAACCAGGAUCUGCCUCAAAUACCUGACAUUCGAGUCUUUGAGACCCUUGGUGUUCAAGGACACGACGAGUUUCACUGCUGCAGUUGAGGCUUUUCCACUUCUAAGAUACGCCGCUCUUGAAUGGGGCCAUCACGCUCAUGAGUUGGAAGUUGAAGCAUUCCAGGACCUGGUAAUGCCCCUACUUUCCAACAGUCUAUGUCUAAUCAUGAUGGCCAGAGUGCGGGACUCCCGCAAGGCCAACCAGCACUGGAAAUCCCGCGCCUGGGCUUGGGCGUACUCUGGUGGCGCCGGUAUCUCGGUCGCAGCAUCCUUUGGCCUCAGCAGUCUCCUGAAGCUUUUGAUCGAGCGGGACAGACAGAAUCUCCGGCUAGACAUUCGGAACCCCCGAGGGAAUACAGCACUCCACGAAGCUGUUAUUCGUGGACAUGGAGAUGCCGCAAAACUAUUACUGGACCACGGUGCUGAUGUACUCGUCACGAACUACCGUCAAUGUACCCCGUUGUUCCUGGCUGUCUCGUAUGGUCGCACAUCGAUGGUUGAGCUACUGCUUCGAUAUGGUCGGCCACAAUUAGACGUCAGUGGUCCGAAAGGGUUCACUGCUUUGCACAAAGCUGUCGAGCAUGGCAACGAAGACGUGGUCAUUACAUUGUUACAGAACGGUGCAUUGGUAGGUGCUCACGACAACCAUGGUAUGACGGCUUUACAUCAUGCUGCGUUCCGUGGCAACCUCUCCAUCGCAAAACACCUCGUCCUUGCAGGCGCCUUCGUGCAUGUUACCGAUCGCGAAGGCUUAUGCCCGCUCGACUACGCUGCAACUGGAGGAUAUACCGAACUGGCCAAAUACCUCCUCGAAAAUGGAGGCAGUCUAUCCAAUAAGGGAAAGACGUCUUGGACUCCACUUCAUCGUGCAGCAAGAGGAGGGCACACUGAAACCGUUGCUUUCUUCUUAGAUCACGGUGCGAAUAUUCUUGCGGUAGACUUCAAGGGAAACAUCCCUCUCCAUCUUGCCGUACGAUCUGGCCAGAUUGCCACGGUCCAGAGGCUCCUUGAGCACGACCCUGGACUGAAAUAUGAGCAGCUCUUUGCACGCGAUACCAAAGGAUCAACACCGCGCGUGGUAGCCUUUUACACCGCCCACUACGAUAUCCACAAAUAUCUUCGAGCGGCCGAGUGGGAAGUCCUUGGCCAGGCACCGAGCGUCGAAAAUGUGCUAACUCGAGCGAUCGAGCUGGGCGAUAUGGAGGCGGUGCGCUCGCAUCUGGACGAACAUGCCGACGCCCUGAAUAUGGCGGACGAAGACGGGCAGCCACCGCUACACGUUGCGCUACAAGAAGGCCGACGAGAAAUGGUCGAAUUCUUCCUGGAACGCGGCGGAUCCAUUGAGACAGUGGGCUACCAUGGAUGGCGUCCUCUCCAUAUUGUUGCUUCACUAGGUAACCUGGAGCUGGUAGAAUUGUGUCUUUCCCACGGGGCCAACAUCGAAUCACGCACCGCUACCAGACAGACACCGCUUCAUAAAGCGGCUUCUAGCCGUUCCGUCGCAGUCAUGCGCAGACUGCUUGAGGCAGGGGCGGACCAUUCGGCGAGAAACGACCGGGGCAUGACAGCCUUGCAUGUCGCGGCACAUCACAAUGACAUUGACAUUGCGCGUCUGUUGGUGGUGGAAUUCGGUGCCGACGUAUUAGCCAGAGAUCGACAGGGCUUGACUCCUGCCAUGUGGGCGGAGAGGUCGGCUCGGCUGGAAGUCUUGGCUUUUCUGCGUGGUGCCAUGAAGAGGGCUACGGUGUUGAACGUGACAGAAGCAGGAAUAGGCAAGACUCAGAAUGGUAGUAGUCUUGGUCGGAGGAGUUCGCAUGCCGAAUUCCAUUCUGGCGUGCUGGAGCUGGUGGAUGCCUUGAGCGACGUGGAGCUGGAUGAUGUUUGAUGAGGGUAUCUUUUUGUACAGAUUCAGAUACAGCAUACUUCCUGCAUGGUAUAUACAACAAGCAGUUUUGGUGUCUCGUUUUCCCAACUUUGGGAUCGGAAUCAAAUGAGGGCAUACAAGAAAGACACCAUCCAAGACUAGACUUGACUUGACACCAUGCACCAUGACAAUAUGUUAAUCUUACAAUUUU